AUGCAUGCUGAUGUGGCAAGAUAUAAUGGAGUUCGAUACAACGGUUUGGUGUUAAUCUCAUUAGUAGACAAAAGCAAAGAGGAAGGAAAAAGAUGCUUAGCUUCUCAAGGUACUCAUAAACUGUUCAUAUUUCUUACCUGUAUUGGAAUAUUAGCACUUGAACCGUAUACAGUUUCUGGCGUCAGAAGUGUAGGAAUUGAACUAAGAUUCACGAAAGAAGUCCAUGGAAUACUAAUGAAUCAUCGCAUGCUUAAGGCUGUUGACAUGCAUGAUCUUAAAGGAAGUUCAUCCUAUGAAGCUGUAAACAAGAAGUUCAAUCGUUAUCAAUCAAGCAAAAGAACAGUUAGAAAAGGGUCAGAUCCCAUCCACAAUCGAGCUUGA